AUGAACCACCAAAAAAGGAACCGCAGACGCAUGAGGAAGACCCGCCAUGGCCACAGGGACUCCCUGUGGUCGUGGGAGAAGCCAGAGACGCCGGAGGAGGAAGCUCGGCGUCUCUGCGCUUAUUCCGGCUACGCCCCUCCGGUACACCCGUUGAGAGGGGAGUAUGCCUGGAGAGGUGAUUGGGGGGCUGACUCCCUCUCCCCGGACGACGAGGAGGUGGUGUAUGGGAGAGUGGAGGAAGACCCCCUGGAGGCGCAAACCCGGAGGUCGCCCCAAGACUUUGUUGGGGGGGUGCUAUGGGGCGUGGACCACUGGGGUGAUGUCAAGCCCCUCAGCCGGCAGGAGGAGGGGGUCGUCAAGGAGCUCCUACGAGAGAUGCAGAAGACGGAGAGGACGGGCCGUAGGAGAGGAGGCCAGAGGAGGAAGCAGCAGCCCGUGCCUCCUACCAGCCACGGGUUGGAUGCCUACUACCACCCCGCGGCCUACCCCGCGGCCUACCCCGCGGCGCCCUGCUUCCCCUGCUGCCCGGGAGCCGCAUCUCCGGCUCCUUCGCCGGCUCUCCCACAGGGUUCUGACCCUCCGCCGGCUCCCCCGGCUCCUGCUCCUCCACCGGCUCCUAUUCCCCCGCCGGCUCCCCCGUCUCCUGCUCCUCCGCCGGCUCCUGCUCCCCCGCCGGCCGUCAACCCUCCGCCGGCUCCCCCGGCUCCUGCUCCUCCGCCGACUGCCGACCCGCCGCCGGCUCCUAUUCCUCCGCCGGCUCCCCCGUCUCCUAUUCCUCUGCCGGCUCCUGUUCCUCCACCGGCUCCCCUGUCUCCUAUUCCUCCGCCGGCUCCCCCGGCUCCUACUCCUCCGCCGGCUCUUCCGCCAGCUCCGGACCCUCCGCCUGCUCCCCCGGUUCCUGCUCCUCCACCGGCUCCUAUUCCCCCGCCGGCUCCCCCGUCUCCUAUUCCUCUGCCGGCUCCUAUUCCUCCGCCGGCUCCCCCGGCUCCUACUCCUCCGCCGGCUCUUCCGCCGGCUCCGGACCCACCGCCGGCCCUUCCGCCGGCUCCGGACCCUCCGCCGGCUCCCCCGGCUCCUGCUCCUCCACCGGCUCCUGCUCUUCCGCCGGCUCCUGCUCCUCCACCGGCUCCUGCUCUUCCGCCGGCUCCUACUCCUCCGCCGGCUCUUCCGCCGGCUCCUGACCCUCCGCCGGUUUCCCCGUCUCCCACUCCUCCGCCGGCUCUUCCGCAGGCUCCUGACCCUCCGCCGGUUUCCCCGUCUCCUACUCCUCCGCCGGCUCUUCCGCCGGCUCCUGACCCUCCUCCGGUUUCCCCGUCUCCUACUCAUCCGCCGGCUCUUCCGCUGGCUCCUGACCCUCCGCCGGCUCCCCCGUCUCCUAUUCCUCCACCGGCUCCCCCGGCUCCUACUCCUCUGACGGCUCUUCCGCCGGCUCCAGACCCUCCGCUGCCUCCCCCGGCUCCUGCUCCUCCGCCGGCUCCUAUUCCCCUGCCGGCUCCCCCGUCUCCUGCU